GCGGGCACCACUCCUUACACCCAGGCGCAGGAGGAGGAGGCAGCGAAAAUUCUGGCCGAGCAAAAGGCCAGGAAGGAGAAGUAGUUGGUCAACCAGGCUAAGAAGAUUGCCCUGCAGCAGGAGCAAGCCGCCAAAAUGAAAAAGUUACAGGAAGAGAUGGAGAGAGUGAAGAAGGAGGAGGAAGAAAAGAUGAAGGUCGUGGACACAGAAGAGGUGGAGGAGGAGAAGGAGAAGCAGGCAGAAGCAGAAGAGAUUCCCCUGAUAAGAAGCACAGGUGUGACGGUGUCCCAUAACUUCUUUGGUGGUGCCUGUGCAUGGUGUGGCAACCCACAACAUUACAAAAGAAGAUUGUGUGGGAAAUCUAUUUGUGGGGGAAGUACAGAAGCGAAGGAGCAUUUCUUCAAGAGCAAGGAAUUCAGAUGCCAGGCAGGGACUCCGGCCGUGUAUUACACCAUCUGGGGGAAGAACAUGGACAAGUGUCUGAAAGAGUUCAUUGCCUCGAUUAAGGAGUUGAAGAGGCUUCCUCCCGGUCACCCGUGCUUCCAGUGGCCGGCGCUUUCAUUCCCAGUGGACUCGGAGCCUCGCCGGUCGCCUGAUGGUGGGCCACGACUGGUUGACACAUCGUCUCGCGGUGCAGGCGGCGCACCGGUUGUGCCACCUGCGGCGGGAGCAGCAUCGGCAGGAGUACUCCCACCAGCCGUCCAUGGAGGGACCGCGAUGCUGGUGGUAGCGGCAACGAGACCACCGCCAGCGGCAUCUGAUGCAUUGGCAUCCGCUGUUGCAUCUGCCGUGGGCGGGGGCACUAGACCUACCACUGCAUCGUUGGAGCGCCAGACGCUUUCUCCGUCGGUGCGUGGUGGUGUCUUUGAUGAGCUCGGCACAUGUCAGUUCGUCGACGGUAGUACAUGGGGUAGAAACCCGGGCACUUCGGCUGGCUUGCAUCCUAUGUUCACGAAUGCCGCGGCCAAAGCUUCGAGUCCAGCGGGACCUACUCUUGCAUCUACCCGCGGCACGACCGCGGCAUCUGAUGCAUUGGCAUCCACUGUUGCAUCUGUCGCGGUGUCGGAGGGCGCGGUAUCCCGGCCCUCCUCCGUGUGCCAAAUCCCUGCUUGGCACUCACUCUGAUGUUCCGGCCUAUAGAUGUAUCUUGGACCCCUGCUGUUCUUGGUAUCCAGGCUGUACCUCGGCGCGGACCAGUCCCAAUGAUGUUGCCCUCAACAAAAGGGGUGCGCCACAGGACUUCCAUUGGUCCACGCAAGCUCGGCGCCCUGCUGUACAGCAGAGCACAACCGGCCUGUGACCGUGGUAGCCGCCGGGUUAGCCCUGGGACGCGGAAGUGAGAGGGCAGGCUCAGUCAUUUCAACCGCGCGCCGAGCGUCCCUCUGCAGGGUUACGGGUUAGGUGCAUGACACUGACAGCAGUCAGAAAAACAAAAAGCUAAACAAAAA